UUUAUUUUUACGCAGAUGUCGGAUUUGUUUGAUCUUUAUUACCCUGUUGAGAUCAACAACUCGAUGUCGGUGGAGGAGAAAAUCCCUCACAUGGAGGAAUGGGUGUUGUGUGUGCAUUUAAGGGUGAUGUGAUCCACACGUUUAAUAAAAGACAGGGCGCUCUACAGAACACACAGCAGUUCGUACACGACCGCAGCAACGUGCUGCUGCUGGGAGAUUCGCUGGGAGACCUGGACAUGGCCGACGGCGUGCAGGGCCUCCGCAACAUCCUGCGCAUCGGCUACCUCAACGACAAGGUCGAGGAGAGGAGGGAGGCGUACGUCAGGUCUUACGACAUCGUGCUGGAGAAGGACGAGACGCUGGACGUCCCAAACGCAAUAAUUAAUUACCACACAGCGGAGAAACGAGACCACGCGACCGUCUGAAAGGUCACCCAGCCAAUGGGAAACCAGCAUCCCAGCCAGUGGCCAAUCAGAAUUAAGCUGGGGUUCGGAUCAUCCGUAAUAGCGUGUCUUUUAUUAUUUUUUCCCCUCAGAUUUUAUAUUAUUUUUUAUACAUUUUUAAAUUGGGUGAGUUUCUCAUAUCUAAACAUUUGAGAUAUUUUCUCUUGUACAUUAAAACGUCCAUCUCCACUCGACGCUGUAAUCUCGUACAGGAGAUAAACUCGUAUGUUAUUCACAACGGAACAUAGAAAACAUAUUAAAAUGUUUAAACUGAGGGAAUGGACCGUUUUAAGGGGAAAAUAAGGUCACUUUGAGUUUGAUGGCCGCAACACGUCUCAAAAAGUCGGGACUGGGGCAACGCAAGGCUCUUUUUAUACUCAAUCACGUUUCUGACCUGUCGCCAGUUUACCUCCAGCUGUUUCUUUCCAGUAGCACUUUACUUUUCCAGCCUUUUGUUGCCUUCCAUUUGUGUAAUGUACAUUAUAAGAGAAUUAAAAUGUGUUUUUGACCUUGGAUACACUAAAACAUGGACCAACUGAAUAUUUUGCGCACAGAAAAAGAAUUCUGUACCUUUUUUCAGUUGUACUUUUAUUUUUAAAAAUCUCAUUUUAAGAACUUGCAUACUGUCUUCUUUUUUUUUUUGUCUGAAGAAUCAGAAGCUCCUAAAUGUAAAAGAUGUGGUCGUGUUCUUGUUUUCCAUCAAUUCAUAUAAUCAGCGCCCCCUGCUGUCUUCCAGGUGAACUGCAACUACAGUAACGUAGUUAAGUAAGAGACCAAAAGUAGAACAUUUAUUUAUUUAUUUAUUUAUUGAACUUGUUUUGCAGCACAAACAAAAACCUGCACAGUUUAUACAAAGGAACAUUUCCCAGUUCACACCAAAGAGCUUUACUACAAAAUGGAAAAUAAAAUAAUAAUAAAAUAACG